UUCCUAAGUUAUCCAACAUCAUCGAUAUGAUGGUCGGAACACAUUUUGAUGCGCAUGUAAUGGGUGCCUGCACGUCUUUAUUUGCUUUCCCGCCUGAUGUGGGGACUGACGUGGGCUUGCACACAGACCAGGCGGGUGACAAGAUAUUGGGGCCUACACAGGCGCGUGCUCUAGCUGGCAUGCUCCACAAAAUAGGGCUUCUGCCACGAUGCAACCACCAACAAGUCCAGUUUGCGUAUGAGAUGUACAGUCGGGAUGACCGGGAAGGGUGGAGGCAAAGUCGGGCGUUCAAGAAGGCAUUUUCGAUCGACGUCAAUGUCGAGUUUGUCGGCGUUUGGGACACGGUUAAUUGCAUAGGCAUCGUACCACGUAGAUUGCCGUUCACGAGGUCGAAUAAUAAGAUUCGCUACUUCAGGCAUGCACUCUCACUUGACGAACAGCGAGCGCGAUUUAUACCCAGUUUCUGGAAUCAAACGAUAGAAACGAACAAUGAUACACAGGCAGUUCGCCAAGGCGAGACGCCGCACACCUGUGAGAAAAAAUCUUACGCUCUCCAUAUCACACAUCACGAAGAAAGUGGCCUGGACGUACAUCAUCGAGGUUUCUCGCAAUCGACGACUCCCACCGAUGCGCAGGAAGUGUGGUUUGCAGGUUGCCAUCGGGAUGUGGGAGGUGGAGCUGUGAAGAACGGUGCCAGGCAUAGUCUAUCACGCAUAUCUUUGCGGUGGAUGAUUAGGGAGUGUUUUAAAGCCAGGACUGGCAUCCUCUUCCAGCGGUCAAUGUUCCAACAAAUUGGGAUGGAUCCUGAAACAUUGUAUCCUCACGUGCUGGAACGCCCACCGGCUUUGACGAACACGCCCACAGCUUCCCCUGUAUCGUGCAAACUCGAAGGAGACUCGUCAAACAGGGACACCGAGGACACCGAUUUCUCGAGCGAAGAGCAAGAGGACCUCGCUGAUGCAUUAAGUCCCAUACAUGACAGGCUCAAGAUGACGCCUAUCUGGUGGAUACUUGAGGGUCUUCCGCAACAGCUGUGCUACCAGAGAGACAAGGACAAUGCUUGGGUGACUAAGAUCAGUGUGAACAGGGGUAGGGGUCGCCGCGUUCCAAGACAAAGCGCGGGCGUUCAGGUGCAUCGGACGGUCAGGAUACGAAUGGAAGCAGAGGGGUUUCCAGAGAAAUAUCAGCCUAAGGCGGAGGUCGAGGUCGAACCUACCUGGGUCGACUAAGGCGCCUAGAUGGAGGGAAAUAGAGGGUCAUUUGGUUCGCCUGCUACAAUUGGAUGAUGAUACUAGGCUAGAGUAUCAUAUGUCAGGUGAUCAAGAGUGAAAUCGAAUGAAAUCCCGUUGUGUCUC